AUGAGCUCAAAAUUGAAUGAUACUCUUCUAAAGCACACAAAUGCUUCUGGAUCACUUUACUCUAUCCCUAAAGAUAAAAUCAAUCGCUUGAUUUUGAACUAUUUUAUCCAGGAGGGCUUCGAAGAAGCAGCACAGAGUUUUUCAAAGGAAGCCGUAAUUGGCAGAAAUGGGGAAACGGAAAAUGGGAGCAUCAUCGGAUCUUCAUCUUUUGGUUCCAUCAAGAGUUCUGAAGAUUUGCAUUACGCCGUGAAGCAGUUUACAACCGAUAAGAAAACAGAACAACACAUUUCUCCUGACAACAAAGCCCUUAAAGGAAUCAGAUCUAUUGAAAAGAGGAAAGAGAUUAAGUAUCUCAUUUUGAAAGGGGAUAUCACAGCAGCUAUUGACGCAAUAUGCACAAAUUUCCCCUCCGUGUUAGACUCCAACAAUCUUUUGUAUUUCAAGUUGCUCAGAUUGAACUUGAUCGAAAUGAUACGAGACCACAAGUUAAGCUCUCGAAAUGCUGCUGCUGAGAACGAAAAGAAAUUUUUGGAUGAUGUUCUUUCUUUUGUCCGAGAAAACUUAGUCAGCAGAGUGAUGCAUUCAUACGAGCUUUUGAAAGAGCUAGAGAUCACAAUGAGUUUGCUUUGUUUCAACUUUGAUCCCCAGAAACCAGUGAACGAAAUGGAUAAUCUUCCGGACGAGUUGAGGAAACUUUUCGACUUGAAUCUUCGGAGCGAGUGUUACCGAGCUGUUAAUAAAGCGAUUUUGGACUUGGAAGAUCUUUCACCAGAGCCUUCUCAUUAUAGAGGAGUCUCUUUUGAAGGAUUGAGUCCAGAAGCUCUUUCCAAAUUGCCUGCAGCCGAACCUUUAGAGGAGAACGUAGAUAAAGGCGAGUUGAUGGAGAAUUGCAGAACAUUGUUUACGCAAGCGUCUAAAGCAACACACAAAGAUGAAUCCUCAUUGCUGGAAGAGCAGCAGGCUGCCUCAGAAGCACUUAUUUCGCAGCUUGAAAGAAUUGCCAUACUAUGGAUUGCUACGGAAAACAAAAUGAUGGAGAAGAAACUUGUGAAGCACAAGAAAUACGAAGGGUUGAUGUCGGACAGGACACGGUUGUAG